CUUCACAACCAGCUAGGAUUGCAAGUCGUGACAGCGAUCACAUUCUUUUUCAUUUAUAAGAAGCAGGGCAGCAUGGGAGAGGCAACAUGUGAUUUAGAUAUACAAUCAGGGGAAUCAACAGAAUUUUCAUAUUCUAAAGAUGUGAAGCCAGAGCUAUCUACAUUAUUUUCAUCUUCUACUGACAUAAAAACAGAAUUAUCAACAAUUUUGACUUUCCAUGAUAUGAAACCAGACAUGACUUUUAUAACUUCACAGGAUUUUAAAACCCAUGUUACGCCAGAGUUUUUAUCUAGUAGACAAACAAAAACAGAAUAUACAUUUUCAUCUUUUGAUGAUGUAAAACACAAUAUGACAAUAACUUCUCAAGAUGUAACAACAGGAUUUUUAAUUAAUAAAGAUAUGGAACCUGCUGUAUCAGCAAUAUGUACAGGAUCAGAAGAUAUAAAAUCAGAAUCAGCAACGUUAUCAACUAGCGAAGAUAUAAAAUCAGAAUUAGCAACGUUAUCAACUAGCGAAGAUAUAAAAUCAGAAUUAGCAACGUUAUCAACUAGCGAAGAUAUAAAAUCAGAAUUAGCAUUGUUAUCAACAAGUGAAAAUAUAAAAUCAGAAUUAGCAAUGUUAUCAACUAGCAAAGAUAUAAAACCAGAGAUAGCAACUUUAUCAACUAGUGAAAAUAUAAAACAGGAUUUAUGGACACAAUUUUUAGAUUUUGAGGACAAACAACAAAAUGGACUAGAAGAAAAGCAAAAAAUUUCUGAAGACAGUACACUGUCUGUUGAUCAUCAUGAACAGUUUUUUCAAAGAUCUAACUUGAACAAACAUAAACAAGCUCAAGUAGGGGAGAGACCUCUUGAAUGUGAUGAUUGUCAAAAAACGUUUUCAAACAUUUCUAGUUUAAGUGAACAUAAGAAAGUCCAUUUAAUGGAGCCUUAUGAAUGUGAUGUUUGUCAUAAAAAGUUUUCAGAUAGUUCUAAUUUUAAUGCACACAAAAAAAUUCAUUCAGGAGUUAAACCAUAUGAAUGUGAUAUUUGUCAUAAAAUUUUUUCACACAGUUCUACUCUAAACACACACACAAAAAUUCAUUUGGGGGUUAAGCCUUAUAAAUGUGGUGUUUGUCAUAAAAAUUUUUCAGACACUUCUAAUUUCAGGAAACACAAAAAAAUUCAUUUAGGGGUUAAGCCUUAUGAAUGUGAUCUUUGUCAUAAAAAGUUUUCAUACAGUUCCACUCUAAACACGCACAAAAACAUUCAUUUAGGGGUUAAGCCUUAUGAAUGUGAUGUUUGUCAUAAAAAGUUUUCAGACAGUUCUAGUUUCAGAAAUCACAAAAAAAUUCAUUUAAGGGUUAAGCCUUAUGAAUGUGAUGAUUGUCGUGAAAGGUUUUCAAACAGUUCUACUCUAAGCAAACACAUAAAAAUUCAUUUAAUGGUUAAGCCUUAUGAAUGUGCUGUGUGUCAUAAAAUUUUUUCACACAGUUCUACUCUAAGCAAACACAAAACAAUUCAUUUAGGGGUUAAGCCUUAUGAAUGUGAUAUUUGUCAUAAAAAGUUUUCAUACAGCUCUACUCUAAGCACACACAAAAACAUUCAUUUUGGGGUUAAGCCUUAUGAAUGUGAUGUUUGUCAUAAACCGUUUUCAUACAGUUCUACUCUAAACACGCACAAAAACAUUCAUUUAGGGGUUAAGCCUUAUGAAUGUGAUGUUUGUCAUAAAAAGUUUUCAGACAGUUCUAGUUUCAGUUUCAGAAAUCACAAAAAAAUCCAUUUAGGGGUUAAGCCUUAUGAAUGUGAUCUUUGUCAUAAAAAGUUUUCACACAGUUCUACCCUAAGCAAACACAAAAACAUUCAUUUAGGGGUUAAGCCUCAUGAUUGUGAUGUUUGUCAUAAAAAGUUUUCAUACAGUUCUACUCUAAACAGGCACAAAAACAUUCAUUUAGGGGUUAAGCCACAUGAAUGUGAUUGGUUAAGUCUUACUUAUGAAUGUGAUUUUUGUCAAAAAGGAUUUUCACUUAGUUCUAGUUUAAGUAGGCACAAAAAAAGUUCAUUUAUAAGAAGCAGCAUGGGAGAGGCAACUGCUGAUUUAGAUUUACAGUCUGAUGAGUUUAAAGAAUUUUCAAAUUCUGAAGAUCUUCACAGGAUGAUAAAACCGUUGUUACGCCAGAUUUUUCAUCUUCUACAGACACAAAAAUUAGAAAUUUUAUCAACCACUGAAGAUAUAAAUCCAGAAUUAGAAAAUAAAUCAACUAGUGAAGAUCUAAAACGAGAAUUAGAAAUUUUAUCAACUAGCGAAGAUAUAAUACAAGAAUUAGAAACUUUAUCAACCAACAAAGAUUUAAAACCAGAUUUAUGGACAAAAUUUUUAGAUUCUGAGGACAAACAACAAAAUGGACUUGAAGAAAAGCUAAAACUCCCUGAAGAUGAAACAUAUCUGUCUGUUGAUCCUCAUAAUUGUCAUGAACAGUUUUUUCAAAGAUCUAACUUGAAUAAACAAGCUCAAUUAGACAGUAUGAAUGUGAUGUUUGUCACAAAAGGUUUUCAAGGAAUUCUGGUUUAG